AGGACUUUUCAGGCUAAAUUUGUUAGGGUUUAUGGUUUCUAGUAUAAAUUUUAAAAAUAUUCUGCCAUUUCGCAUCGGAAACACGGUGUUAGGGAUUUUGGCCAUUUGCUACUGAAGAAGGCAGGAGAUCGUGUUUUUUGAAAUCAACAACGGAAAAUGUCAGGUGAAGAAGGAGCUGUUGCAGCUGAGCCAGCUGCUUCAAUUCCAGGUGAGCCAAUGGACAUCAUGACUGCCUUACAGCUUGUUCUGAGGAAGUCACUGGCUUAUGGUGGUCUUGCACGAGGUCUUCAUGAAGGUGCAAAAGUGAUUGAGAAGCAUGCUGCGCAGCUGUGUGUUCUAGCAGAAGACUGUGACCAACCUGAUUAUGUAAAAUUGGUGAAGGCACUCUGUGCAGAGCACAAUGUUAGCCUUUUGACAGUUCCGAGUGCAAAGACCCUUGGAGAAUGGGCUGGUUUAUGCAAAAUUGAUUCAGAAGGUAAAGCUAGGAAGGUGACUGGUUGCGCCUGUGUUGUUGUCAAGGAUUUUGGGGAGGAGCAUGAAGCCUAUAAUGUUGUUCUGCAGCAUGUGAAAUCACACUGAGUUGCAGUGUGCCUUGAUUUCUGGGUUUCAGUUUUAAUUUAUUGUAUGAAUCUAUAAGGAUGAUUUUUGCCUCUAUCUGGAGUUUCUACCUAGGGAUUUUGACGGUUUAGUACAAUUAUGUCCAUUCUGAUGGCUGCUGAGUGAAUGGUUUUUUAUUACACU